CCCUCGGGGCGCGGGCGGGCCGGUGUCCAUCAGGGUGCGGGCGGGUCGUGUCGCCCCCCGCCAUGUCCCUCCCGCCGCGGCCCCGCCGCCCCGUACUUAAGGCGGUAGCGGCGGGCGCUGCUAUCCUCGCGCCCUGACCGUGUGUCCCCGCAGAAGAUGGCCCCGACCUGCCUGCGGCCCCUGAUGAGGUACCGGUCCUUCGCAAUCCUCUUCCUCACACCGCUGCUGCUGCUGCCAUUGCCGGUCGCUGUACCGACGCGGGAGGCCAAAUGUGCAUAUAUCAUCAUCAUCAUGGCAGUGUACUGGUGCACUGAAGUGAUCCCGCUGGCUGUUACCUCCCUCAUGCCUGUGGUAUUUUUCCCUCUGCUUGGAGUUCAGAGCUCUAAAUUAGUGUGCUUGCAGUACCUAAACGACACAAACAUGCUCUUUCUUGGAGGCCUGAUUGUUGCAAUUUCUGUUGAGCAAUGGAAUCUUCACAAAAGGAUUGCGCUGAGGGUCCUGCUGAUUCUUGGGGUGAAGCCUGCACUCCUCAUGCUGGGAUUUAUGAUAGUCACUGCCUUCCUAUCCAUGUGGAUAAGUAACACAGCCACCACUGCUAUGAUGGUUCCCAUUGUCCAGGCUGUCCUGGAUCAAAUGGACAACACAGAGUAUGAUGUGACCAUGAUGGAACAAGCACCUGGGCAAACAAGUACAGUGGUUGAGUUGGAGGAAAAGAAUGCAGAUCCCACUGUGGUGCAUGUCAUAAGCAAUGGACAAGUCCCUGAUGACCCCAGAUCUUCUGAGGAAAUGAAAAUGAGGAAGCAUAUAUGUAAGGGAAUGACACUCUGUGUAUGCUAUGCUGCCAGCAUUGGGGGAACUGCAACACUCACUGGAACAGGACCAAACAUGGUAUUGAAAGGCCAGAUGAAUCAGCUGUACCCCAACAAUAAUGAUGUUGUGAAUUUUGCUUCCUGGUUUGGGUUUGCAUUCCCAAAUAUGAUUCUGAUGUUGGUGUUAGCUUGGCUUUGGCUACAGUGCUCCUUCAUGGGACUCAACUUUAAAAAAAGCUGGGGCUGUGGGACAGAGAGAACUGCUAAAGAAAAAGCUGCAUACAACGUGCUGAAGGCAGAAAUGAAGAAAUUAGGCCCAAUCUCUUAUGCUGAAUUCAAUGUCCUCCUAAUGUUUAUUUUGCUGGUUCUCUUAUGGUUUUCCAGACACCCCGGCUUUGUAAAGGGCUGGGCCACCAGGCUCUUCCCAGAAGGAGAAAAGUAUAUCACUGAUUCUGCUCCUGCUGUGUUUAUUGCCCUUCUACUGUUUGUCCUUCCUGCCAAUAAACCCAAAUUCAUAAGCUGGAAUCCAAGUGCGUCUGACCCUGAACAGCCUGAAGAAGAUAUAAAAAAGGCAUUUUUAUCAGCCCCGCUGCUAGACUGGAAUGUGGUUCAGAGGAAGAUGCCCUGGAGCAUUGUGCUGCUGCUGGGAGGAGGUUUUGCUUUGGCUGAUGCAAGUGCAAACUCUGGGCUCUCAGCUUGGCUGGGUCAUCAAAUGACUCCACUAGGAUCUAUCCCACCGUGGGCCAUUGCAACAGUACUUUCACUUAUUAUAGCUGUCUUCACUGAAUGCACCAGUAAUGUUGCCACAGCCACCCUCUUCCUACCUGUCUUUUCAUCCAUGGCUGCAUCUGUCAAGAUCCAUCCUUUGUAUGUUAUGCUGCCUGGUACUCUCAGUGCUUCCUUUGCCUUCAUGCUACCUGUUGCAACACCACCAAAUGCAAUAGUGUUUUCCUAUGGUCACAUCCGUGUUUUGGAUAUGGUUAGAUCUGGAAUAGUGAUGAACAUCAUUGGAGUCUUCUGUGUCACAUUGGCCAUCAACACAUGGGGAAGACCUAUGUUUGAAUUGGACACAUUCCCAACCUGGGCAAACAGCACAAUGAACCAGUGAGAAGUGAAGAAUUCAUGUGUUAAACAAGGAAAGGACCCUUAAAAUUACUCCCUGUUGCCUGAAGCCCUAUAUAGAGUCUCAUCACCACUUCAUAUCAAGUGUCAGGUGUUCACUACCAUGUGGGAGUCACGCAUAAGUUGUUCAGGCAAGAACCAACACAAAUUUAUCCUGUCAUACUGGAGCCAGAAUUGCUGUUUAAUUACACAACCCUAAGGAUCAUGUGCCCAGAUCAUUAGAGUGAUCAGGUGAUCCAUUAGACCUCCAAUCAGGAUCGAGAUUCAGAAUUCAUCAAACUUUAAAUAAAGACGGGGCAGACUUUUGUAUCAGAUGGUUUGAACUGUUGUGUUACUGAUGUGCACUUCUAAAUCAUUAUUAUUGAACACUGCAUCUGGCAAGGGCUGAAAUUUCAUUAACUUCCUUAUAUCCAUAAGUCAGCAUCUGUACAGAGAAACCCUCUUGCCACUUGUCUAGUGAAAGAAGGGGCAUGUUAUGUUACGUUACAUUACGUUAUGCUAUGCUAUGCUAUACUAUGCUAUUCUAUGUUAUGUUUUAAUGUGGCCUCAGCCACAUGGUGGAAUCCUUCCAAGUCAACAUCCAACACAUUUUCAGUUGCUUUGUUUUCACUCCCAAGUCUCAAUGCACUUACGACACCCUUACUGAGGGUUGAGAUAAUGUAAUUCCAUGGUCGUCAUGGUUUAGUUGAAGUCUUGGGCAAUGAUGGCUUUGUGUUUCUUGCACUGAGGCACUGGCAUGGCCAGGAGCCUUCCCUCUGUCCGCCACAGGAUGUGGUUUCACAUACCAGCCAGUGUUUUGUUAGUGGAAGCCUGAAAAUGAACAGUGGCCUAUAGGACUUCACACUCAUUAUGAAAAUUUCUAGAUUAGCCCCUGAUUUGCUUUACUAAUUAACUAUGGAAUUUUCAAAUAGAGACAAGGCUCUAAUUGAAGUCCUUGUAAAAAUUUAGGGGCCUGGAUAUUUGGUCUUGUGCUGGCUUACAGACUUGGCAGUUGUCUUCUCUACUUUGGAAUUCAGGUCUUGUGAGAAAAGUGUUUUGUAGCACCUGUUUAUCUAAUUUAUGAAGCAGAAGUAGUUUAUAGAAAGAUUGGUAUUGGAUUAUGUGUGUUUUGUUGGUGGCACAUGGAUGCUUUUCAUUCAGCCUCUGGAGAUGAAGCUGAGUGGGAGGUAAGGCAGUGUGUUACAGUGGAGAGAUCUGUGAGCAUGACCUGAGUUCUUCUCCUGCAGUUUUUGUGCAGCCUCAUGCAUGCCAGUUCAUCUCUUUUUGCCUCAGUUUCCCAUCUUGAAGAAGAUGUCAUGGUACUUAACCUGCCUCACAAGAAUGUUGAGAGGACACAAAGGUCAGAUUCUGUGCCCAUGUUGAUUCUCCACCUUAUGAUGGGGGGUACAAGGUAGAAGGAGUUACAGAAUCAGAAUUCUGGCCAGAAGAUCUGUACUCCAGCAUAGCGGUGUGUGUAGGAUGUUUAAUAGUUUUGUUAUUAACAUGAAUGUUUGUUAUAGAAAUGGAAAUUCUUCAUUUUUGCCUUCAAAAGUGAGGAAAGUAUUACGCAUGAAAUGACAAGGUGCUUUUCUGAGCAGAAAACUACUUCAAGAAUGAUUUUAUUUUUGUGCCUUUAUCUUCUGUGCUCUUUCAAGGUUCUGGGCACCAUAAACUCACCACCCACUGUUGUUCCCAGGCACCUCCAAUGGCACGCAACCCUGUCUACCCAGCUGGCUGCGUGUGGUGC